CAGAGAGAGAGAGGAGAGAGAUAAGCAAAGAUGAAAGAGUAGUGACGGUGAGAGACGGUAAACGAAGCAAAGCAAAGAGAGUCACGAGGAAUCUGGGGUAUGUGUUGAAUGAUAAAGCAAUUUCAUGAAUUGUUUAAAGGUCUCGGCUUUUGUAGUGGAAUUGACUUGUCUUUCAAAGGUUCAGGCUUUUAGGGGGUAAAGCUCUCACCUUUGGCGAUGGUUCUUGACGGAAACAACGGUGGUGCGGUUUGGUUAGGUGGUGGAGAAAGGGAAGAGAACGAGGAAGGUUCGUGGGGAAGGAAUCAAGAAGAUGGUUCUCAGUUUAAACCUAUGCUUGAAGGUGAUUGGUUUAGUAACCCACCACAUCCACAAGAUCUUCAGAUGUUACAAAAUCAUCAAGAUUUCAGAUUUCUUGGUGGUUUCCCUUUCAAUCCUAAUGACAAUCUUCUUCUUCAGCACUCGAUUGAUUCGUCUUCUUCUUGUUCUCCUUCUCAAGCAUUUAGCCUUGACCCUUCUCAGCAAAACCAGUUCUUGUCCACUAACAACAAGUCUUGUCUCAUCAAUGUUCCUUCUUCUGCAAACCCUUUUGACAAUGCUUUUGAACUCGGCUCUGAAUCUGGUUUCCUUAGCCAAAUCCAUGCUCCCAUGUCGAUGGGUUUUGGUUCUUUGACACAAUUGGGGAACCGGGAUUUGAGUUCUGUUCCUGAUUUCUUGUCUGCAAGGUCCCUUCUUGCACAGGAUCACAACAACAACAAUACAGUGUUAUGUGGUGGAGGAGGUGGGUUCACAGCUCCACUGGAAUUAGAAGGUUUUGGGAGUCCUGCCAAUGGUGGUUUUGUUGGGAACAGAGCCAAGGUCCUGAAGCCUUUAGAGGUGUUAGCGUCGUCUGGUGCACAGCCUACUCUGUUUCAGAAACGUGCAGCUAUGCGUCAGAGCUCUGGAAGCAAAAUGGGAAACUCUGAGAGCUCGGGAAUGAGGAGGUUGAGUGAUGAUGGGGAUAUGGAUGAGACUGGGAUUGAGGUUUCCGGGUUGAAUUAUGAGUCUGAUGAGCUCAACGAGAGUGGGAAAGCAGCUGAGAGUGUUCAGAUUGGAGGAGGAAAGGGUAAGAAGAAAGGAAUGCCUGCUAAGAAUCUGAUGGCUGAGAGGAGAAGGAGGAAGAAGCUUAAUGAUAGGCUUUAUAUGCUUAGAUCAGUUGUCCCCAAGAUCAGCAAAAUGGAUAGAGCAUCAAUACUUGGAGAUGCAAUUGAUUAUCUGAAGGAACUUUUACAAAGGAUCAAUGAUCUUCACAACGAACUUGAGUCAACUCCUCCUGGAUCUUUACCUCCAACUUCAUCAAGCUUCCAUCCAUUGACGCCUACACCGCAGACUCUUUCUUGUCGUGUCAAGGAAGAGUUAUGUCCCUCUUCUUUGCCAAGUCCUAAAGGCCAGCAAGCAAGAGUUGAGGUUAGAUUAAGGGAAGGAAGAGCAGUGAACAUUCAUAUGUUCUGUGGUCGUAGACCAGGUCUUUUACUUGCUACCAUGAAAGCUUUGGAUAAUCUUGGACUGGAUGUUCAGCAAGCCGUGAUUAGCUGUUUCAACGGGUUUGCCUUGGAUGUUUUCCGUGCUGAGCAAUGUCAAGAAGGACAGGAGAUACUACCUGAUCAAAUCAAAGCAGUGCUUUUUGAUACAGCAGGCUAUGCUGGUAUGAUCUGAUCUGAUCCCCUGAGUUUGAGUCCAUUGAGCAUCAGUUGAACCGGAGCUAGAAGAACUAAGUCCCUUUGAACCUGCAAUUUUCAUCUCAGUUUUUUUUCUUCUCUUCAUAACUUAUAAUUUAAGCAUGUAAUGCAAUUGCUAAUGAGAGGUUGUUUUAAUUAAGCUUUUGAGAACUCCAUUUAUUUUUAUAAAUCUUAACUUCCAGUUAUGUUUCAUCUA